AGUAGUGAAUAGUUGGGUCAAAGAGGUUGUCGAAGUAAUAGAUAGUUGGGUCGAAGAGGUGGUCGAAGUACUUGAUUGUCUGGUCAAAGUAGUAGUUUGUCUGGUCGAAGGGGUGGUCGAAGUGGUGGAUUGUCUGGUUGAAGAGGUGGUUGAAGUAGUGGUUUGUCUGGUUGAAUGGGUGGUCGAAAUGGUAAAUUGUUGGGUCGAAGUAGUAGAUAGUGAGGUCGGAGUAGUGGAUAGUUGGGUUGAAGGAAUGAUAGAUGGUUGGGUUAAAAAAGUGAUAAAUGGUAAAGUAAUAGAUAGUUGGGUCGAAGGUGUAGUGGAUAGUUAG